AUUCUUGUUCUUCAUCAUCAAUAUUUCUAUAGAAUUAAUAUUCAAUUGUAUAUACCAACAAAAGACACAUUAGUCAUGCAGCAAAAGGUAGUCAUUGAGCUGAAGAUAAAAUGCAGCAAAUGUCGAUCCAAGGCUUUGAAGAUAGUCGCUGUUCAAAACGGUAUUACUAAGUUUGGUUUCGAGCCCGAAAACAGAAACCGAAUGGUGAUAAUUGGAGAUGGAAUUAUUGAUGCAGCUGGGUUGGCCUUAUCUUUGAGGAAGAAGCUUGGCUAUGCUGACUUGGUCAGUGUAGAAGAAGUGGAGGAAGAAAGUUGACAUGAAAAAACUUAUGGCUCAUU